AUGAAGGCACGUGGGCGUGUGCAUGUGUGCUUUACGGUGCUGGUAGGAGUUGCAAUGCUCUUGAGGACACUACUCCUUGUUGCGGCUUUUCUGCCGGUCCUUGCUUGCGCCAGCCCCAGCGAGCCUUACGGGGACAGAGCUACAGACUGGGUGGAUGAUGAGCCAAUCAACAGCACGCUGAAUGAACAAUUGUUGUCCUCGCUUCGACUGCCGCUCCGGGUGCGGCUGGCAUCGCCAAAGGAAGUGGAAGAACUCAUGUGGGUCAUUCGGUUUAUGAGCAUAAAAAGAGGCCAGUGCCCGUGCCUUAGUGUAUGGGAGGGCUUGCGCAUGGUGUUCGACAUGGUGUCACCAGAGGACGUCUAUGGAAUGCAGCGCCUGGACGCACUGCAGCGUUUGCUGUCGAGUGUGGAAAUGCAGGAGGACACCGAUGGGGCGGAGGGCUUGGGGCAGAUCGAAUUAGAAUUACCGCAAGGUGGCGAGGUUCUUCGGGUUUACGUGGGCGACAUCUUCCUGCAGCAUCGGCCUGGUGAGCAGCCACUCGUGCAGGUAGACCUUCUGGCGCAUUUUCUGCGUCAGCUUCGGGAAAAAGGACGGCGACAACGGAAAAGUUAUAUUCGAAAAGUGGAGGAAAAUCAUGAGCAGCUGCGUCUCCUGCAGCAGAUGAACCUCAAGAGGGGGCGGCAAGAACGUCUUGAGGCUGCUCAUAAACGUGCAAAACAGUUAGAAAUGAUGAAACACCGCUCAGACUGGCAACAAAAUAGUACCGAAUAUGCAACCCAUGAACGUCCGCUGAUUUCUCUUGUAGACACAAAGGCAACAGAAAAUUCCACUUUUGCACAUUCCAAAGGACGGUGCCAGAGCAUUCGUCAUGCCAUACAUACAUUGCAAAAUCAACGCGUAGUGUCCACUGAAAGACGUAUGCGUUACCUUCGCAAGGAAGAAGAAAAAAUGUGUGGAACCGUGCGCCAUUCACUCACGGACCUCACCCUCCAUAGUGAGAGUGAGAUGUGUAAUUCUUAUUGUUCUUCCUACUGUGAAGGUAUUGAGACACUUGAAAACUGGACAGUAUACAGCGGAUCUGCCGUAUCUGUGGUCCAGUUGCAUGCCUUGUAUCACAAUGUCCUCUUGCAGAAUAACAAUUACAACGACACAGCAGCGAACUACUUCUCCCUUCUCCGUGAAAUUGUCCUGGAUGACGUGGAUCGGGGUGUGUUUUCCACCUGUGUUGAAUUGUGUAGUCCAUCUGUGGAGUUACUUGCAGAAAUGAAAUUUUUUGCUGGUGUGCUGGAGAUUCUUGAUGACACGCCAGGGACGAAUGCGGAAGUUAAGGAGAUAAGCCCAGUUUGGUGGGGUCGUAUCCGACACGCGUAUCUACGCAUUUGGGAUGCCUCGCAUGCUGGUUCACGACGGGCCAUAGCCGCUCUUGCCACAAUGAAGGAGCAUGGGAUGAUGACCCCGCGACGACAUUCUGUGGCGGCUGUGCUGCUCUUCAAGUUGCUGUCAGAGAGGCACAGUUACUUUUGGAGGCAGGCCAUGAACAGAGGGCCGCAGUCCUCAGGGAUGGCGACGCCGUCGGCGCAGAAACUGCUACGGUUUGAGCGAUUUUUUGCGGUGGAAAGCAGCUGGAGCCUGGUCAAUGAACCGUAUCUCACGCGUGGCCGCAUCAAGGCAUUUACUUCAGAAAUUGAUGACGAGGAGGAGGACAUGGAAAACAACGGAGAUCCAGGUGAACCGCCCCCGAGCGUCUUUCGAAAUCUCUUCUUGGGGCAGCUGUAUAUUGCCGGAAUUAAAGGUGUGCCACGUGAUUUAAAACGUGCGAAGUGUCUUUUUUUGCUACUGCUGCGAAAACUGCGAUAUACAUGCGAUGUGACACACCCAGAGGAAUUGGAUGUGUCCCAUUUUAUGGAAGAUGGCAGAGGCGGUGCAUGCCAAGAACAGCUCAAGGCGUUGCACCUACUGCGCGAGAGCGGAAUCUCCAUGGGGCCCUGUGGGCUUCACAAUGAAUUGCAUGAAUCAAAACCGCACCCGAGUUUGCGACGAAUAACACGUUCAAAGAAGAUUCACGAUGUCGUUCACAAAGUCUUGGUGUUAUUGUCUUAUGUUCAUCUGUUAAACGGACUCCAGUAUGAUAUGGCUGCCAAGUAUGCCUUUUUGGCUGUGGAAGUUAGCGCUGCUGCGUUUUACUCUGCAGUGACAGAUUUACCUCCGGAUGCGGAUAAUAAUUUUGUUGUGGGCAACAUCAGCCGUACUGGGAAGCUAGAACUGUUGAAGAACAAGGAUUGGCCGGCAACGGAGUUGUACACACAUGCUCUGAGGCGUCGUGCGCCUCAGGAUUCGUUGUUUGACUUUACAAGGUCCGGGUUUUUGUCGUCGGAGAGCCUUGUGCUCCUUGCCAUGAGUGCAUUUAGAGGUGGCGUGGCGGCGCAGCAAGACAUUCGCUUCACGAUAGAACACUUUUUUGGUGCUCGUUCAUGUAUAGAGAAAAAUGGUGGCGCGUCUUGCCGUACACAGUGGACCUUUUUUCUUCUUCGAGAAGCAGCACGUCUGUGGGAAGACGAAGCAAACGUCCCUGGUAUUCUUGACCGCAGCUAUCCGUCACCACGCCUUGUUGACGCUUUCUUGCUCAUGGCAUCUUUGCUAAGAGCUGGGAACAUCACUGUGGAUGAUAUACGUGAGGGGGAUCUCUUUACAUCACCUCAGUAUUGCUCCAGUGGUUCACCCCCUUUUCAGCCGUUGGAGAGCGAUACCUCUGAUAGUUAUAGAAAGAGACUGCUGUUGGCUGCAAGACAGGUAUUUCCCUUUGCGUUCCCGGGUCGUCAGGUAAUGGUGCACGCUAAGAACUGGUAUCACUUCACCACCCGUGAUGUGCCCUUGCGUGAACUGCGGGUUCUUCGCGCCGCCGUACAAUGCUUUCUUGAAGAGCAUGACACAAACCCACUUUUGGUCUCCAGUGAUAUUCAUGACUAUAUGGAUACCGCGCGUUGGCCAUGGUCGCAAAGAGUUCUUGGUAUACUAUGGGACGCACUCCUGUAUCCAUUCACACAGACACAGGCGGAGGCUGUAGAAGACGAGUUGGCGAAGGCGUUGCUACCGAACAAAACUGUAGAUUCUGAGCCUGCUAAUAUUGCGGACGGUUUGGCUGCCUCGGUGCUGAGUUCACGCCACGUUCGGGAGGCGACGAUUGCCUUGCAACUUCUCGCUACAGCUUUGAUCUCUGGAGAGCCCGACGGCUUUACUUUGAUCUUGCUGGAGGACAUGGAACGUGGCAACGAUCACUUGCACAGCUUCGCUCACUUUAUCUCGGAGCAUGUGUGGGGAAAGAGCUUCACGGAGGUGUGGAUGGAGGAGCACAAGGCUGCCCAGUGGCACCACGCGAAGCCAAAGACAAGAGGACGAGGUCCUGUGUUUGCCAUUAGCUCGCGCAUUCCCUUUCGUUAUGCCGUACCGGAUUCGAGAAUGGAACUCUUUGCGCAAAUUGCCCUCAAACGUGUCAAUAUUCGGCAGCAAUGUACAACGUCAGGCGGUCGUGUCUCAGUGUAUGGAAAUUGUACGCUUUCUUCGAAGACUCAUCAGGAACUGAUCCACAUGAUGGCAUUGUGUAGUGGAGUGUUGAUUGGUGCUGCGAUACGAAAGGGGCCUCCGUUUGUGCCACAGAGGCCGUAUGAGGGGAUGCUGUUUCCUGUAGGAAGUUCUCUCUGUCUUCGACGUCUCAUGCAGUAUACGUCUUCCACAGGUAAUUCGCCAUUUAUUGGACUCAGUGCUAAGGCUGCGGAGUUGUUGCUUUUGGAUCUGCUUGUCGAGUUGUCGGAGGCGCAGGCGCACUAUUAUGGCCUCCACCUCAACGACCUUGACUCUAGUAGUAUGAAUAGUUUGGGCACGGUAGAUGGCAACGACGAGGCGACGUCGAAGAAGUUACGUAAGCACUUGGUUGAGCCGUGGAAGCAAUUUUCUAAGGACGCAGCAGAAGAGAUUACUCUCCCAGGGAUUGGCGAGGGCGCGUACUACAACAGACGCUUGCAUCGUAUUACCGGAACGUAUUAUGCCGCACGUAUGCGUAGGGUCUACGCGAGGGUCAAGCUAUGGCUGAGCCAGUUUGUACGUGUCGUGUGA